AUGAUCUGGAAAGAUACACAUCUGUCUUGGAACCCAUCGGAGUACCUUGGCAUAGAGAUGGUCCAGUUAGAGUCGAAAUUCAUGUGGACACCAGUUAUCAGCGUAGCUUUUGCUGACCGGGCCGGUAUGCACUUGUCCAUCGCAGAAAAUAUCGAUCUCUCGUUCGAUGGCAAAAUAAGUAGCAGAAUUGAAGACUACGUGAACUUUCGGUGUGAAAUUAUUUUUAAUAAAUAUCCAUUUGACAGCCAACAGUGUAGCUUUGGACUUAUUUUUACGAAUUACGACAGGGAAAGGCAACCUGUUAUAACCAUCGAGCAGUGGAACUCCAGCAUUGACUCUUACAUCACACCGUUCAAAUUAGCUGGAGAGUGGGUUUCACAAGACUUCCGGUCCGACAUCAUCACGGACGCCAGCCGGAUUCUUCACCCCCGUUAUACUUUCAAGGUCAAACGCCGAUCCACAUAUUACGUCAUAACCAUCAUUUUUCCGCUGAUCCUGACGUCAUCUAUGAUACCUUUAGUGUUCUUGAUACCCCCAGAAACGGGUGAAAAGAUUUCAUACCUUGUUGCACUCUUUACUUCAUCGGCCAUUUUCCUGAACUUCAUAAGGUAUCUAUCGUGUUGUUAG